UCAAGAUGGCGGCGGUCCUGCCGGAGCGGAGCAGCGGCUCGGCUUAAUCGAUCAUUUUGUCUAAAUCACCGGGACAGAUCGGAUCGAAAUCGACCAAAUAUUUACGAUCUUUCCUAAGCUUCGUUAGGAUAUCCUCCGUAAGAUCCUACCGCAUUACACCUGGUGAUUUUUUAACGGAAAAUGCUCCUGCUCUAGUUUGUGUCUCGUCCAUUAGCUGCACUGGGGAGAAUGGGAGAGAAGCUGGAGUUAAAGCUGAAGUCGCCGGUCGGAGCCGAAGCUGCAGGCUACCCGUGGCCCUUACCUGUAUAUGAUAAACACCAUGAUGCUGCACACGAAAUCAUUGAAACCAUUCGCUGGGUAUGUGAGGAGAUCCCAGAUCUUAAACUGGCCAUGGAGAACUACGUACUUAUUGACUAUGACACCAAGAGCUUUGAAAGUAUGCAGAGACUGUGUGACAAGUACAACAGAGCCAUUGACAGCAUUCACCAACUGUGGAAAGGGACCACCCAACCCAUGAAACUCAACAAGCGGCCUUCCAACGGCCUGCUGCGACAUAUCCUACAGCAGGUCUACAAUCACUCUGUUACUGACCCCGAGAAACUCAACAACUACGAACCCUUUUCACCUGAGGUGUACGGAGAGACGUCAUUCGACCUGGUGGCCCAGAUUAUCGAUGAAAUGGAGAUGAUGGAAGAAGACACCUUUGUGGAUCUGGGCAGUGGUGUUGGUCAAGUAGUCCUUCAGGUUGCCGCAGCCACCAACUGUAAACACUACUAUGGCGUUGAGAAAGCAGACAUUCCAGCAACCUAUGCAGAGUCAAUGGACAAAGAGUUUAAAAGGUGGAUGAAGUGGUAUGGCAAAAAGCAUGGCGAGUACACGCUGGAAAAGGGAGAUUUCCUCUCAGAAGAAUGGAAGGAACGAAUAGCAAAUACAAGUGUUAUUUUUGUGAAUAACUUUGCCUUUGGUCCUGAGGUGGACCACCAGCUGAAGGAGCGAUUCGCUAACAUGAAGGAAGGUGGAAAAAUUGUAUCCUCAAAACCCUUUGCACCUCUUAACUUCCGAAUAAACAGUCGAAACUUGAGUGAUAUUGGCACAAUAAUGAGAGUUGUUGAGCUGUCGCCUUUAAGAGGAUCAGUAUCAUGGACGGGGAAGCCAGUGUCCUACUAUCUACAUACAAUAGACCGCACCAUACUUGAAAACUAUUUUUCUAGUCUCAAAAAUCCUAAACUCAGGGAGGAGCAAGAGGCGGCCAGAAGACGUCAGCAGAAGGAUAGUAAGGAGAACAAGAGCAACACCACCACCCCGACCAAACCCAAGGAGCACAAGCAGCCACAGAAUGAAUCAGGUGGUGAAGAGGAGCGCUGCAACUCCAUUGCUCCCGUGAAACCGUCGCCCAAACCCCGCCGUGCUAAACUGCUAUCCAGGGGCCGUAAGAUAGGCAGCAGGAAACGUGGGCGACCCAAGAAGGCGGCUGCUGCCACUGCAGCAGAGCGCAAGAUCAAGAAGAGCCAGAGUGCCCUGGAUCUGCUGCACGCCAAGACCCUUUCAGCAGCGCCCUCUCAGGAUGUAUACGGGUCACCUCAGAGUCCAUUCUAUCAGCUACCUCCCAAAGUGGAACAUUAUACAUCAAGCCAGCUUCUCCUGGGCCCGACUCCACCAGGCCUGCAGGCUUUGCUUGAUAACAUAAAAGUCCAAUACCUGCAGUUCAUGGCCUACAUAAAAACGCCGCAAUACCAAACCAAUCUGCAGCAAGCUCUUGAGCAGGAGAAGAUGAGACACACAGAACUGUCAGGUCAAGCCCAACAGCUGCUCAGCGCCUGUCACACACACAAAGAGAGGAUCAGAGACCUGUUCCAGUAUAAAUUGGAGGAGCUGGGUGUGAAGGCGGUGACAGUGGAGGAUCUGGUGCAAGCUCAGAAGGAGAUCACUGCCCACAACAUGCAGCUGAGAGAGCAAACCAAACAACUGGAGAGAGACAUGGCUGAGCUUCGCGAUCAGAGUCUGGUGCUGUUGAAGGCUCGAUGCGAGGAGCUUAAGCUGGACUGGGGAUCUUUAUGUUUGGAAACACUUUUGAAAGAGAAAGCGGCUCUGCGAAGACAAAUUUCUGAGAAACAGCGCCACUGUCUGGAGCUUCAGAUUAGUAUUGUGGAACUUGAGAAGAGCCAGAGACAACAAGAACUGCUGCAGCUCAAGUCAUCAUACAGCCCAUGUGAGGUCUCCCCCUACCGAAAAGCCCUGCCUGUCCAGGAGCAGCGCCCCACACUGGAUCCUGACACCCCUAAACUCACCCCACAACCCUCUGCAGGACUCAAUGGCCUUAGCCCUGAGCUGUCCAUGAAUGGCACUGCCUCGCCCGGCUAUGAGAGAGGCGGUGGUAUUGGAAUAGGAAAAAACGAGCUUCUGAUCCGCUACUUGCCCAUUUCACCCGACCACGAGAUUGUGCCACCCACCCCGGACUCCAGAACCAGGCAGCUAGGGCAACCCUUGCCCGACUACACCCGCUUUUCACCAGCCAAGAUUGCCCUCCGCAGGCACCUCAACCAAGAUUCUGCUGCCAAUCAGUUUAGAGCCCUGGGGAACAUCCACCGGGGGGACAUUGGUGUGGUAUCAUCACCAACUCUGGGAUUAAAACAGGCUUGCCCUUCACCAAACUUAUCUGAUAUUCAACAGACCACCACCCUCAAGAGCACAGAUAGGGCAGAUAAGGAGAAGAGUACAGCUGCUCCAGGUGACACUAUAACCAGUCUGCCAAUCAGCAUCCCCCUUAGCACUGUGCAUCCCAGCAAACUUCCUGUCAGCAUCCCGCUGGCCAGUGUGGUGCUACCCAACCGUGCAGAAAGACUGAUGAACACUCCUAGUCCAGUGUCAAAUCGUGAACCAUCAAUAGGACAGACCAAUGGGAAACCACCUCUCACGCCUACCUCAGGGUACUCCUCCAGCUCAGGGUUGGUGAACGGCUGUCACUCUGCUAUGCUGACGGAAGAACAAGACUGCGACGCCACCUCCCCUCCCCCUCAUAGCACUCCCAUCAUGGGCCUUCAGCCUCGUGGCUCUGGCCUCAGUCCUCCCCUGGGCACCGGUGGUGUCCUCCAGUACGCCGAUGGUCCACCGAGACUCCCACCUGAGGACGGCCACGAUCGUCAGGGCCCGGAGUCCGACCCGGAGCCCCUGGACAGUGAAGCCCGCCGCCGUAUCUUUUUCUCUUCCUCCUCUUCUUCCUCUUCCUCCUCCUCCACUGGAGGUUUCAGACUGAACGGGUCAGGAAAGCAGGGUCAGCAUCACCACAGUAAGCAUCAUCAUCACUCUCCAGCAUCACAUGGGCAAGAGGGACGCAAACGAGGCCGGCGGAAGCGCAGCUCUUCAGGGACAAUGCCCAACAGCGGCUCCACCAAGAGGAGGCCGUUUCCUGGGCUGGGCUGCCCCAGCCAUUCUUCUGGAUCUCCGCUUAAUAUAAAUUCUAUGGUGAACAAUAUUAACCAGCCUUUGGAGAUCUCAGCCAUCUCUUCCCCGGAGCAGACAGGUCGCAGCCCCGGUGGGCCAGAUCUGGAUCAGCCUCCUGUGCUUAAACGAGAGCGCCCCCUGGAGCUCAACAAUACGGGCCGCUAUUCCUUCACUCCCAGUUCAGAUGAAGAGGGCAACAAUUUUGCCCCAGACACCUCCAAUUCAUCCCGAAUUGAAAGGAAAAUUGCCACCAUAUCUUUUGACAAAGAUGGACCAAUCAGAGAUGUGGAAAGGGGCUCACAAGGGCGUAAAUCAGGUGCCAGCAGCGUGAGCAGUGAAGUCUCCUCUUCCUCCGGUGCUUGCAAAUGGAAAUCUACCUUCUCCCCCAUCUCUGACCCCAAACCCAACCCUUCAGACCUUGGCCAGGUUGAUUUGCCCUUCGGUGUGGGGGCUUCACGUGGGGCUGGAGGGGGGACGGACUCCGACUCCGACCAGAAACAGCAGAGGAGAGGAGAACGUGAACGUGAUACUUACGGGAACUCGAACCUCUUCCUCAGUCAGGAUGGUGGUGGUCGCUCAGUGGUAAAUGUCACGGAACGACCACCACAGAAACAGAAAGUGUGCGAGUGGGACCUGAAAUCUGUGAGCGGAUUGGCCAGCCAGAACCUCUUUAUAUCCGCGGCAGCCAGUGGAGGCAUCUUGAGUGGAAAAGUGGGCGGGGCCAACACAGUUUCCUCGGCCACCUCUUUGGGACAGUACUUCCCCUUGGGCGGGGCAUCGGUCCUGCAGUCCUUAUUUGGAGCUCAGGCGCCCGGACCAGUCUCCAGCGGAGCCCCGCGAUUGGUCAAUGGACAUUCAGGGCUGGGCAGCUAUUCCAGCGCGGGAUUGGCAGGGGGCACUGCAGGAGGGAUUUUUCACCACUUUGUGCCUUCAGUCUCCUCUCAGCAGUCUGGGGGCAAUCUCCCAGGCCCUGGGGCCCUCAGUUCCCAGCAGCAGAGGCAUCUGGACACUAACCCUAAACCAGGGGCCUCGUUUUUGCCUUCGGGCCCCUCCCAGCACAGCCGCACACUGACAGUCCUGCACGCCCCCUCCCUGCCCUCCAACACCCUCCCCCCUCCCCCUCCUCUCCUCAAUGCUGUCUCCUCUUUCAACUCCGCCCCACCCCAAUCCUCCUCCCCGCGUUCCGAGCGCUACCAGUCCUCGAGGAUGCAGUCCUCCCUUCCCACUUCCACCGUCUCCACCUCCUCCCAGUCACAGGCUGCCGCUUCCGCCACCGCUGCUUCCAUCACCACCUCCUCUGCGUCCUCGUGGCCCUUUACAGUGCAUUAUCCCACACACCUGCCUCCUCCACAUCCCUCCAGCAGUGCUGGAUCAGGUGGGGGUGUGGCUUUGAGCUCCUGGAGGACUCUGGGUCUGCCGGCAUCUUAUACUGCCUCGCAGAUCCCCAGCAAUCGCCCCAGAUAGGACAAGGGCGGGUGUAAGUGGGAGGGGGUGGGGGGAGAGGGGUGGAUGUGGGGUACUGAAUUGGGAAGAGACUAUUACUAGACGGAUACAGGGAAGCUACUGCAUUCUACUUGCUGUAUUAUUAUCAAUCUGAACAAGGUAUGUGGUGUUCGCAUGGUAACACGCAACAUGCUUUGCUGCUUUUUCUUGUAAUAGCUGCAUUACUGUGACUGCUCAUUUUGAGUUCAUUUGGUUUCAUAAAACAGCUUCUAGACUGUACCAUUAUGUCAAAAUUACUCACUUUUUUAUGUCUUUGGGAACAGUAGAGAUCGACCGAUAAUGUUUUUUUAUUUUUUUAUCUCUGAUACCAAUUAUUUUUAAUGUUUUCGUGUCCGAUAACUGAUAUUCAGAAUAAGUUUUUCAUAAUUUAGUUUUUACUGCAACUUUUUGACUCUGUGGCUAAAUAACCAUUUCUAUACAACAAUGAAAACAUAAUUUUGUUUAAAGAUUUUGGCAUUUAUCGGUAGACCUGAUAAGGAACUGAUACCAGAUUACUGCAAGUAGAAAAGUGUGAGUGUUGGUAAAUUAUUUCAAAUGUUUUAGGAGCUAAUAACCGAUAUGCAGAACUAGUUUUACAUUUUUAUUGCUACUUUUGUACUCAAUAGGGUUUUUCACACUGCGCUUAACCCCGGGUUAUAUUUUUUCUAAACCCCGCUUUUAACCCCGGGUAUAGCAUCAUUUUACACUUGUAAUUUUGAAAGGGGGUUAGCACCGCUAAAACCCCGUUCCAGAGCAGGGUUAACCCCGCCUUGCGGUGCCAGAGUUAAACGUGUGAAACAAUGUGGUGUUUGAAUGUUACAGAAAGUUGUUUAGCAACAGACAACAAAUCAAAUAAAGCCUCAGUGCUUGCCUCAUUAAAUAUUAAUGCAAUUUGUACCAUCGCUGAAACUUUCACAUGUUUACGUGAGGGAAUCCGGAAAAGUGGCAAAGAACCCGAUAACUGCCGUGAUGAAGAGACAGUAUUCCGUAUUUCCGUGGCAUAUUUCAGAAGACAAAAGACAAACAGCUUGGAUUUGCUUGCCGACAUUUCACAGAACGGCAGAGCAGCUCCAUUGACAGGUUGCGUGUCCUUUGCGAGCUGCAUUCGUCCGAUCAGUGUUAUCGACAAAUAAGACCGUUAACCUGGGGUUUACGAAUGUACAGUGUGAAACAUCGGAACAUGAAUACCCAGGAUUAAUUUUUAAUCCAGGGUAAAGUAUGAACAGUGUGAAACAUGAAACAGGAUAACCCAGGAUUCCGUUUACCCGGGGUUUAGAAUAACCCAGGGUUAACCAUUUCAAGUAUGAAAAGCCCUGAUGACUAAAUAAUAAUUUGAAUACAACAAUAUAAACAUAAUGUGCAUUAUGAAUAUUUUUAUAAUAGUAUUAUUAUUGUCAAAGGACCUCAAUUAUGACGCAGUAGAGUAUUUCCAAACAGAAAUGUUUGCAUUUAUCGGUAGACCUGAUAUUAAUGAUCUAAGUAGAAAAGUGUGAAUAACGGUUACAUUGUUUUAGUUUCUGAUAAACAAUUUGCAGAACCCGUUUUAGCUCAUUUUUAUUGCUACUUUUUGACUCGAUGGCUAAAUAAUUUGAAUGGAACUAUAAAAGCAAUAUUCAUCAUGAAAAUGUUAAUAAUAAUUAUAACAAUGUUCUUAUUGUCAAAGGAAAUAAAUUAUGACUUGGAAUGGAAUAUUUCCAAACAGAAAUUUUGCCAAUAUCAAGGGACCGAUAACAGAUUAAAUAGAAAAGCAUGAAUAUUGGCCAAAAAGUUCUGUCAAACCAGUUAUCGGUCUAUCUCUAUAUAGCAUGUUCAUGAAUUAACUAUUUACUCACUGUGUAAUUUGUGGAUUUUUACCCUCCACUGGUUACAGGUAACUGAAGAAAUCUACCUCAACCCAACAUUACCUAUGCAAUGGACAGGUGUGGACCAAUGGGCUUAACUCGCUCACCGGUGCUCAAACAUUUGCUAAAGCCGCUACUGUUAAACUGGCAUGGGUAUCAGAAUAUUACCACAGGUGCAGCUUAUAAAAUACACACACAAACACUUACUCAUGAAUGCCCCCUCAAUCAUAUUCAGAUUUACAGAUUUUGCCGCUUUGUUUUUAAUGUGUUAAGUUGGCAUCAUGUUGGAAUGAUGCUAACAGUCAUGAUUUAUUGUUAAUUGUGUGUUUAGCGUGGCCUUAAUGAUGGGUAGUUAACAUUAAGUAAAUUGUUUUGGAAGAAAUUACAUUUAAAUUUGCAGUAGAUUCACAGUGGAAGAAGCUCUAAGUGAAGAAGUGUUUGAAAUGUCUCAAAGUCAAUCAAGUCAUUAUGGGCCAUACACACAAAAAAACGACUAGUGAAUCUUCAUAACCUUGCUGCUGUCAAUGGAAAGAAAUGUGGCUUUUAUGAUUGAUAGCUCCUAAUCGUUUGGACUUUUUGAAGCCCUGCCUCUAGAGCCUGAUCCAAUUGUUGAAUUUCCAUGUAGGGAUCUUACACUUGCAGCCUGAGCUUGUGCUACAGAGUCACAAAAUACUAGAAAGUCUCUGGGGUUACACAUUUGAUACUUUUAGUCACAUUUUCAUCAAUAAAUCUGUUUUAUAGAAUAAUAGUCAUUCUGGAAUUAGUGCAUUUUAAAGGGUUCACCGAAAAAAAUGAGAUUGUAGCAUUCUUUUACUCACCUCUGUGUCGUUUCAAAAUGAUAAUUUACUUUCUUCAGUGGAACACAAAAGAUGUUUUAAAGAAUAUAUGGCUGCUUUUUUCCAUUCAGCAAAAGUGCAUGGUCACACAAAGCUAUCGUAUGGCUUCAGAAUACUAUGAAUGUACUGCAUAAGUCUUAUGAACUGUAAUUAUAUUUUCUGGUGCUUUUUGUGUCAUUUCUGGAGCUCUACAGUUCCAUUUCACUUUCAUUAUUUGAAAAAAAAAAAAAAAAAAAGCAGCAUUCUCCAACAUUUCUCCUUUUGUGUUCCACGUAAGAAAGCCAUACAGGUUUGAAACAAGGGUGAAUAAAUAAGGACAGGAUUUACAUUUUUGGGGUGAACUCUUUUAUUUUUUUGUAUUUUGAGGUGAAAUAAGUUGGAAACCCAGAGCUCAAUUUACUUUACACUGGAAAACUUACCUGUGGAGCUAUCAAUGGCAUACAUAACCACAUAUGCCGUUUUUAAGGCUUAAAAUAUGCAAGUUUUAUUUAUCAAAGGGAAUAAUGAUUGAUUUUUUUACACGCAUAUAGAUUUAGUGAAAUCAUAAAAGCUCGAACAAGGAUGAAACGGACACAUUUGCAUCUGCCCAGGAAUACAUGAUGAUGAAACAACAUUUUGCAGGGAGAAAAGCAUUUAGAGCCACAGAGUGAGCAAGUACCUGUAAGCAGCUAUUUAAUUAGGUGAGUUACUUUUAAACUGCCUGAUCUUAAUCACUACGUUACCCGCAACUUUAGGUGUUUUUGUUUGGUUAAGGGCAAUUAAUACUCGAGCUUCCAUAUUGUUAACAGUUACUGCUGAUCCUUUAAUACAAUGCACAUAUUUUGUUCAAUUGUGGCAGUGUCUUACACGGUACAGGCAUAUUCAGGUGAAUUGUAUUGCAUUUUCCCCUCGCAUGUUUCACAAAAAACACGUUUUCUUUGGGAUUUUCAAGUUCACUAGUUUAUACUAAUUUUCACUUUCCGCAACCUGGAAAACCAGCACACGUGUACAUUUACAAACACACACACAUACUGAUAAAAAGACACACACUGGGAAAUGCAGAAUAAAUACGAAAACAACGAAAGAAGAAACUACUGGGCAACUUUAAGUCAUCUUUGUUUUAUGUUUGAUGCCUUUGUGUAUAAAUUUUUUUUUUUUUUUUUUUUUUUUUUUGUACUGUGAAUGGUAGUGUCUUUCAGACUGUAUAAUUGUACAUAAUUUGGUUUAUUUAUCAUUUUAAAUAUCUGUCAUUGUUUUGUAUCGGAAACAGAGCACAACAUGUGCAAAGUGUGUGUACUUGACUCACAGUCUGAACAAUAUGGUGCUACAAUCUGUACAACUUUAGACUGUGCUUAUUUAUAUUAAGAACAUCAACACAAAAGAAAAUGAAUAAAGAUUCUUGGUGCUUCUUUUAAACAGGGAUGAUUUCAAGCCUUCCGGCAUUUAUUUUUCCAAUAUUUAUAAUCCUAUUAUUUGGCACCCAGUGUAAAGCAUUCCCUGCUUGUUUGGAUAGUGCCAAUUUUGUAUAGACGAAACAACUUUGGUCUUAAUAUAACAGACUUAAAGAAGCAUGGAAUUUCACCACACAUUGCAGAACUUUAUAGGAGGUUGAUAAAAUAAUUUUUUUUUAAUGAAGUGUUUACUUCAAUGGUGCUCGCAUUUGAACUUGACCUGUAUGACAGGUACAAAAUGCUUAGAGCUACUAUAAUGGCACACCUCGACUGUUUGAGCCUGUAUAAAGUGGUAAACUUGUGCCAAUGGCGUUGAGUUUAUUUCUUCUUAAAAACUUUAAUUUGUCAUAAAAAUGAAAAUGUGUGCUAAGCCUAUUUGCCUACUUUGGCUUGGUGCGGUCUCUUAAGCUCUGAAAUCUUCGUUUCUUUACAAUGUAAUAAACACAUCUACAUCUUACUAAAAUUGGUGCUGUUGUUCACACGAAUGUCUAACAUGCCAGUGCACCCAUACCAAAAUCUACAAUCCACUAUCAAAGCCUGUCCUAGAGUGCAUUGUGUAACCUAGAGUUUGAGCCUGUUGCGUGUUGUGAAGUUGUUCUGAUGUGACUUAUCUUAGAGAUAUGGCUAGUUGACCGUUAUGGGUUUUUUAAAUGAGCAGUACUCAUCAUGAGAGAUCUGGCUGCCAAUACAUGCUAUAAUUCAGAUAUAUGCAUAAUACAAUUUAACGAUGACAAAUGAGACACACAAUUGCCUCAGUGAAACAAACACUUUUUUUAAACAAAAUGCAUGCAAAAUUCCCUGGAAAAAUAAUGAAAACAUUUAUCCAUUGACAAGGCUGUUUUGUCUUUGGCUAUUUUGAAAUUGACACUAGUGGUCGACCGAUAUAUUGCCGAGGCCGAUAAAUCGGCCGAUAUUCUGACUUUAAUUAUCGCAUCGGCCAUUAACUUUUCCUGUUUGGACGAUAUUUUUCUUGAGGGCACCGAAAAUUGCCUGCUUGCAUGUGAAGCGACUGAGACAUGUAAACGACCAGUCACAUUUCAUUUUGUUGUUACGUGCCAUCGUGUUACUACAAUAAUAUACCGCGCGCAACAUAGUGUCAUUUAAACGGUCUGCAUAUCAGAGCCGCGACAGACGCGUUUGAGCUCAUAAUGUUAAAGUGCUCGCCUGUUUUAUUCUCCCUCUCUCUCCUUAACAGUUCCCUGUAACUUUUAACUGUCUUGUCUAAUGCUAAAAAUGCAAAUAUCGAUAAAAAUAAAAUCAUAUACUGUCUGCAAAUAUGCACAUAUCUCGUUUAAACAGAUGUAAUAAACCAACCUCACACAACUUCAGCAGAUCCAG